AGCAAAGUCACUGGUUCAGUGUCUGUAGGAGAGGGGCAACAUCUCCAUCUGACUGUCUGGCAGUGGUGCUAACAGCUGGACCAUCCUCACUCCCGAGGAGACCAUCUCUGCAACUCCAAGACCAGUGAUGACAGAGCAGCAUGAAGAAAGCCAUACAGGCUGUGAGGGAAAUAGUCGCCUUGGAGAGUCUGUGGUGUCUGACGCAGAUGGGCUCUCUGUGGAGGACAGCUUGGUAUCAGAAGAACGAGCCAAGCUAAAUGGAGAUGAGAGUACAGACCACCAGCCUUUUGUGCCAACUUCUGUCGUUAACUCUUCCAUGCCCUCCUCCUUAGAAGCAUCAGGUAGCGUCAUCCUUAGCAGUGAGUCAGAAGGCCUUUCUGAGGGCCUGGCACUGCCCACUUCUGAUACGGAUGCAUUCGCUGAGACCUACACCCACAUAAGCCCCUCCCAUAAUGAGCCCCCAGCAUCAGUGCUGAGCACAGAGACUCUAGGAAGGAUGGAACCAGUACAAGAAUCAGCACUGUAUCCAUUAAAUGAGGAGCCACACCAGGAGCAGAUGGAGUCUGUGCUGUCACCCAGGAUGACAGACUUUGAUAAUCAGACAGGUUUAGUAGAGGAGGAGAAAACUGAGAAGACACAAGAGGAUGAAGAGCCAGCGUUGAGGCGGAGGAGGUCUCUCUUGGCCACUCUGGAGCAAAUUGGAAGAGGAGAGGAGGAAGGUGAACAAGAUUUUCAGCUGCCACGGCGAGAAGAAGACAGCGUGUUCUCUGUGAAUAAGUGCAUCCUGGGCGCCAUCAUUCUGUUGGGCCUUGGAACCAUCUUUCUCUCUGGUGUCUUCAUGGUUCUGGAUGAGGAGCGUGAUUAUGGUUUAGGAGAGAUGAACGAUUCAGAAGUUCCAGGAAAGGUUCCUACAGGUGCUCCAGUAGAGCCUGACCGAACAGAGCUUUUAAAUAUGUUAGCCAAAGGAGACCAGCAGCUUGCUCUGCUUCAAACCCAACUUCAGGCACAAGAGGAAGAGUUAAAAGUGGUCAAGGGACAAGCAGCAGAGGGAGUUGCAGAGCAGCUGCACUGGGCAGAGGUGGAGCAGGAAAACAGUAGAUUGAAGGAGGCAGUGGCUUCUCUCCUUGCCCUUCAGGAAGAGAAUGAGAGGCUGAAGCGACAGAUGGAGUCCUUCCCAGCUCUGCAGAAAGAACUAGAAUUACUGAGGAGCGUUGGGGCUGAAUUAAAACCCUCCUCAGCCAAUGAAGCAGCUUCAGCAUUUGUCAAGCAAACUUCACUGCCUCCUAGUGGACAAAGUGAGGACCACAGGCAUGGCACAGCUGGAAAGUUGGAGAGAGAUUCCAAGAAACCACAGCAUGAGCAACGGGAAGGAGAGAUGGAGAAAUAUGACUUGGGUGAAAAGACUGAGUGGAAAAGGAGACAGAAACCUGAGUGGAAAGGAGGAGAGAAGAAGGAUCUUAAACACGGCAGUAGAACAGAAGAAAAAGACGAGCGGAAAAGUCGGAAACACAAGGAGAAGCAAAAGAAGUACAGUGAAGAGAUCAAACAAAGGAAGGACAGCGAAUGGAAGAAAGAAAAGGUGAGUAGAGGUGAUGAAGGAAAGCCAUGGAAGGAAAUGGGUGAAAAAAAUGGAUGGAACGAAGAUGAAGACAGGAAAAGGGGAAAGCAAUGGAGAGAUGAAGAGGAAAGAGACAGGAAGGGAGCAAAAGACCGUAAGGAAGAGUGGGGAAGAAAGAGAAUGAAACAAGGCUUUGAGGAAAGUGGUAGUGAAAGGAAACAUAAUGGAGAGAAAAGGGAAUGGAAAGACGAUAAAAACUGGAAAGGGGCAAAGCAAUGGAGAGAUGAAGAGGAAAGAGACUGGAAGGAAGCAAAAGACCACAGAGAGGAAUGGAAGGAAAGGAAGAAAGUGAAAGGUGACUUUCAGAAAAGUGGUGAUGAAAAGGAUGAGGUGCAAAAGGAUAAAGGAGAGAGAAAGGAAUGGAAGAAAGCUGGUGACUGGAAGAAUAAAAAUACCAGAGAUGUUAAAGAAAAGGGUGAAAGGAAGCGGUGGAGUGAAAAUGAGUGGAAAGGUGGAAGUAAGGAUUUUGAUGAAGAAUGGAGAGAUGAGAAGCGGUGGCACAAUGGAGAAAGUAAAAAUGCCAAACGAUGGAAAACACAGGAUGGGAGCAACAGGAAGAGUGAAGAUGGUGACGAAGGGGAUGAGAGAACACUGGGAAAGAGGGCGUGGUCUGAAAUGAAGAGGGCGGCAUCAAAAGACACAAGUAGCUCUGCCGAGUGGAAAAAGGACAAGAAGAACUCAGAGAAAUGUGAAGAUGAAUGUGGAUACAAUGAGAAUCAGGAACAUUUGUGGAGACACGGGAAGCCCCCUCCCGUGCACUGCCGGCCCUCCCUGGAUCAACCAGAGUACUGGAUGUGGCAGAGGGCGCGACUCCAGCACAGCCCACGACGGUCAACAGGUUGCGACACCCUGGAGACCUGCGCCCAGGCUGAGGGGCUGCUCCCUGUUCCCUCAGACCAGUUUGAGACACUCCUCCAAGAAUACCUCGCCAAAGCUGAGGAGGCAGGAGUGGAGGCCUCCAAAAGGGAAAUGCUCCAAAAGCUGUCUGCCGAGUUCUUCACAGAUGGAGUGUUUGUUCAUGAUCAGAUCAGCUUUCAGGACUUUGUGGAAGACUUGGAGGAUAUUUUAGAAGACAUGGUGGAAGAGGAGGAGUCUGAUGCAGGAGGGGAUAGUGCCAUAACGGAAGACGCGGAUGGAUUUGAACAGGAGGCCAUGAAAAGGUUUUUGGCAGAAGGAGCCAGAAGAAGUGAAGAGAGUAUUGAACGAGGAAGGAGAGCAAGCGAGGCUAAAGUGAAAGAUUUUGAUUGGUCACUGUGAAAUUGGGGCGCUAUGAUGGGUAUUUGUUCAUUUACAGGAAACACUUUCUGGUGGAGCACAAAUUUGAUUCCAUCAUCUUUAAGUGAUGACCUUUUAUUCUAGUUUAAGUAUGUCUCACAUUUCAGUUUUUGGGUGGUUUUGAGUUAAACCUGCACAUGUUGUUUCACAAUAAUAUUCCCUUAUUUAACUUUUUUUUCCCAAAAAGUCAUUUCUGCUGGCAUUAUUUUCUUCCUGUAAACCGAGAUGUAUUUUUGGCGUUCAUUACAUUUUUUGAAAUUAUUCCUUGUCCAGAGUAGAUACUUGCACUGAUCUCUAUGCAAACAAUUUAAAGUUGGCUUAUCUUUGAGAUUAACAAUUUAAAUGAAGCAGGGAGUCUACCUGAAUUUGUUAAUUUUGAUGCCCUGUUUUGGUUUAGGUGUAGUCUGUCCUGACUAAAGGGUUAUUUAGUUUGUCAUCUGAAUUAUUUUAGUCAGCUAAAUGUACAGGAGAUUCCGUUAACUAACACUGAGAUGACUAAAAGUAUGUGACUUUUUAGUCUAGACACCUAAAAGUAAACCAAAAUAUGGCAUCAGAAUCAGGCCUGAACUACUGAAAAGGCUUAACUAUUUCAUGCUAUAUUAAGAAGCGCAUCUUCUUUAAUGUUUGUACAUUUUGCAUUAAAAGACGUGAUCUUUGCUCAUGCUGCUGUGCAGGCAUCUAACUUGAAGUUGUAUUAGUUGCACAAAGGUUGGUAGGCACGUAAAACUUUGCCAUGUUGACCAUGCAUGUCGUUUCAUGUACAGACUCAUGCACUAAAAUGCAAUUUUGUUUUGUAGGGAAUGUAACGGUUGUGUGGGUUGUAUAACUUUCAAGGAAGCAUGUCUUCUUGUUUAGGAAUUGACUGAAUUGCAUACAGUGUUUUAUAGCAGUAUGUUUGAAUGCUAAUAUUUCUGUUGACGCAGUACUUGCGCCAUAAUUUUUUGUGCAUCUCUGUGGUUGAAAAAGCUCUUUAUUUUGCCUUUUGGCUUCUCACUUUUCAAGAGUUCGCCAUG